UCAACGAAAAUCUCCCUCUGAAUUUCAGUGUAUUAGUUAAAAAAAUGUCUAAAAAAUUUAAUAACAAGAUGAACAACACACAUUCAUGGGCAACUCCAAUCGAUAAGUUGAUGCUAUGGAAAGGGAGUUGGCAAAAAUAUGAUUCAAAACUUAGUAAUAUUUUUCUCCGAAUUCAUUUCGAUUUGCUCAUAAUAACAGCAGACACGAAAAUAUUAGAAUCGUUUAACAUGCACCAUAAAAUAAAAGGAAUUUAUAAAGACGACGUACUCAUCUUAAUAAUUAACAAUAUUUCAAAGGAGAUAAGAAAAAUAAAAUUUCAAAUAAAAUCUAAUUUAGAACAGUGUCUUCAGUUGCUUGGUCAGCAUUUUCCAGUAAUAAGCCACAGUAAUAUGCAAGCUAAUAAUGUCAUUAACGUGAAGUAUCGCAAUAUAGACGAUGUCUUAAAACAUGCUUUAGAAAAUAAGCAGCAUGGAACGAGUUCGGUAAACGUGCCAAAUAAUUUUAAUAAUUUCAUUAAAUUGUGUUUGAUGGAUCCUACUUUCCCCCAAUUAGUUUUUGAAGCUGAAAAAAUCAUUAACAACGUGAUUGGGCCACAGCAAUAAACUUAAUUUUAUAAUAGUUCUUACUAGUUAACCGUUUAGUAAAUAAUUUUA